AUGCGUAAUUUACCACUGUUCGGGUUCUUGGCUGGCCUGGUUUUCUUCUUCUAUCUAUUCUAUCUUCAUCAGUCACAAAGUGCUGAGUAUGCGAUAGCUCAGUCGGCUUUGGAAGAUCAUAAACAGCAGUUGCGAAUGCUGAAAUUGGAUAUUCUGAAUGCGAAAGCUGACACCGAGCGACUUAAAAUUUCGGAGAAUACGUUGAAGGAAGAAAAAGACAAGCUUGCCAAGGAAAAAGACAAGUGCUCAGUUUCACUGCGUAAUGCAGAGCGUGAGAAACAGGACCUCAAAACUGAACUCAGUAAGAAGAACACAGCGUAUAACGAGCUUACUGGAAAAUUUAACCAACUUCAAACAGAACUUGAGGAGUACAAAAAGGCUGUUGCAGCUAAAGAGGUUGCUGUAAGUCAACAAAAGGAAACUGCUGGAAAAACUGAUGAUAAUGGUGGGAAUCUCAAGGAAACUGGCCCUCGCUUGGAUGCAAGCGCCCUGAGCGGUACCCAUGGUCAAAGUCAAGGAAAUGCCAAAGAAAAUCCUGAUCACUAUGACUAUGAGGCAGGUGGCGCCGCUGCAGGACGGAAGCAACGUAGAAAUUCCCAGAUAGGUGAAGGAGCAGCUAGGACGAUAGAAGGCAAGGAGGUACAACAAGCUCCUGCUCCAGUUCCAUUGAAUAAAGGAGAAGAUCGCAAAGAAGUAGUCAAAAAGUCUGUUGAAGCUGAACCCGAAAAUAAGGAG